AGGGUGCUGUUGAUACAUGUAUUUUUCUCAUAUGCAAAGCAGAGAAUUGCUUCAAGCUCACCCACUAUUUCAACAAUCACACAAACCAACGGCGACGCCACAAGCCAGUCCAUAUUGUGACACCUGGAUGCAUCACACCGACUUGAAAGCUCCGAGCUGCGCUGCUUUUUCUCGGUCAGUGUCGUCGGACUCAAACUUCCACAUCAAAACAUGAAGCUGUUGACUAGCUCAUGUUAGUAGCCAGCUAGCAGCUAGCACAACAACAGCAAUGGACUCCUCCAGAUUGGCUUUGUUUCACAGAAAAAGGAAGGCGGUUUUCCUUCUGUUGUCUUGGAACUUGUGACUUUGAGGUGGACAACCUGGAGCGUGUGUCUCGAUUGUGUUCGGGACGAGGAACAAUUGUAAAGCUACAGUAGGUGCUCAUAUGCUAGCAGUUGUUAUUUUGGGUCAUGACUGGACCUGACACAGUUUGACUUGCCGACCUGUUUACUGAUACUUCGGAGUCAUUUCAAUGGAGGUUUGACAGUUUUGAUAACUGAAGGGACCUCAAGGAGGGCGUCGUGAGACAAAAUGCUGUUCAGAAGUCACUGGAAAUCUCGCUAUAAAACAAUUUCUGGAACUGCUGACUGCUGGUGGCUGCCAUUCCUGGUCCUGCUGUGGUUGUCAUGCGUGACCCAGUUGACUUGUGGCGGCGGGGCCCUUGAAGAGAGCAAACAUCUCAUCAUCCAGAGAGAUGGCGAGUUUGACGUGACCUACAACGACACGGUUACCAGCGAAAACCAGACCAUCUAUGCUUUCAAUCACACUGUCUCCUGGAACAAGACGGAGGGAGUCCGUGUAUCUGUGGAUGUGUUGUCACAGAACCUGAAGAGUCCUAUUCUGUUUGUGGUGCGACAGAAGCAAGCAGUGCUCUCGUUUCAAGUCCCUCUCAUCCUUAGAGGCCUGUACCAGAGGAAAUAUCCGUACAAUCAUUUAGGCCGGACGUUGUGCCAGCCUCCAACAAAGGCUGCAUCAGAGACGCAGUACUUCUUUGUGGAUGUGUCUACACUUUCCAACCAGGGUACAAAUUACCAACUUAGGGUCAGCCGGGUUGAAAGCUUCACUUUACAGACAGAAAAGACAUUCAGUUUCACUGCGUCCCCAUCCCAACCCCAGUACUUCAAGUAUGUAUUUCCUGAAGGGGUGGACACCGUGAUUGUGAAGGUCAGCUCAGACAUGAACUUUCCCUGCUCUGUCAUGUCCAUCCAGGACAUCCAGUGCCCCGUCUAUGACCUAGAUAAUAAUGUGGCCUUCAUUGGGAUGUAUCAGACUAUGACCAAAAAAGGUGCCAUCACAGUACAGAGAAAAGAUUUCCCCAGCAACAGUUUCUACGUGGUGGUCGUGGUAAAAACAGAGGAUGAGGCCUGUGGGGGUCCGCUGCGCUUUUACCCGCUGCGCCCAGAUGAGCUGAUUGAUGCUGGCAACCGUAGCAAAAUCCUUGAUGUUGUGGUCUCCCCUGCUAUUAAGUCGGAGGUGUAUGUGAUGGGCAUGUUGUUCUGUCUGGGUAUUUUCCUCUCCUUCUACCUGCUCACUCUGCUGGUGGCCUGUCUGCAUAAUAAACGAGCCAAGACGAGAGAGCUCUUUCAGAAUAUUGCUGACACGUCACCUGCUGAGACAGCCUCUCUGCUUGGAAAAAAUGGCGAUGGCAAAACUCCAGCUUCCCCGAAUGAAUAUGGCUCUCUUGCUGACAGCACAGCGAGUUCAGAAGCGGUCACUGAGCGCGCGCCCUCGGUUGACAGCGCCACGUCCGCCGACAACUACGGAUACAUGGAGCGGUCUUUGGAGAAUGUUGGAAGAAGCAGACAAGAGUCUUUGAGCUCCAUCGAGGAGGAUGAUUAUGACACACUGGAUGACAUCAACUCAGACAAAAACAUCGUCCGCACAAAGAAGUACCUUUGUGUGUCAGACCUGUCCCGCAAAGACAAGAGGGUCCUCAGCAAGAAAUAUCAAAUCUACUUCUGGAACAUCGCCACCAUUGCUGUUUUCUAUGCCCUGCCUGUAAUCCAGCUGGUCAUAACCUACCAAACGGUUGUUAACGUUACCGGUAACCAGGAUAUCUGCUACUACAACUUCAUGUGUGCUCAUCCUCUGGGAGCGCUGAGCGCAUUCAACAACAUCCUAAGCAACCUGGGCUACGUGAUGCUGGGACUCCUCUUCCUCCUCAUCGUCCUCAAGAGAGAUAUCGUCCACAACAGAGCUCUGUCCUGCCAAGAUAUCAAUGCACUGGAAUGUGGCAUCCCAAAGCACUUUGGUCUCUUCUACGCCAUGGGAACCGCCCUCAUGAUGGAGGGCUUACUCAGCGCCUGCUACCACGUCUGCCCUAACUACACCAACUUCCAGUUCGACACGUCCUUCAUGUAUAUGAUCGCCGGCCUGUGUAUGUUGAAGUUGUAUCAGAAGAGACACCCGGACAUCAACGCGAGCGCUUACACUGCCUACGCCUGCCUGGCGGCGGUCAUCUUCUUCUCUGUGCUCGGAGUUGUGUUUGGGAGAGGAAACACCGUGUUUUGGAUCAUUUUCUCCGUCAUCCACAUUUUGGCCACACUGCUCCUCAGCACACAGCUUUACUACAUGGGGAGAUGGAGGCUUGACUCGGGCGUCCUGCGCAGGAUGGUUUACAUCGUCUACACGGAUUGCAUCAGGCAGUGCAGCGGGCCCAUGUACAUUGAUCGCAUGGUUUUGCUGGUCGUGGGGAACAUUGUCAACUGGUCGCUUGCUGCCUACGGCCUCAUCGAGAGGCCCAAUGACUUCGCCUCCUACCUGCUGGCUAUUGCCAUCUGUAAUCUUCUACUCUACUUUGCCUUCUACAUCAUCAUGAAGCUGAGGAGUGGCGAGAGAAUCCAGUGUCUGGCGCUGGUGUGUAUUCUCUUCACAGCAGUGGUGUGGGGCUUUGCACUCUAUUUCUUCUUCCAGGGUCUCAGCACCUGGCAGAAAACGCCGGCAGAGUCUCGUGAGCACAACAGAGACUGCAUCCUGCUUUCAUUUUUUGACGACCACGACAUUUGGCACUUCCUCUCGUCCAUCGCCAUGUUCGGAUCCUUGUAGGUUCUGCUGACCAUGGACGAUGACCUCGACACCGUACAGCGAGACAAGAUCUACGUGUUCUAAAGUUCAUCAGAUCUGACAAGCGCUUUCCACUUCUUGCCUUAUUGUCCUUCUCAGUCCGUCCAUAUCAGAAAAACGGAGCUAGUGUCCUUCCGGGCUGUCCGUGUGCACGACCCUAUCACACAUGUUCAGGGCAGGGCGGUGGGCCCUCCCCCCAAUCAAGACCGAUGUUAACCAUUCAUUAUGCUGCCAUUAAUGAUCUUGCUGUUUUACUUGAGUCUCUACAAUGAAGAUAACAUAGCUGAAAAUUAUUGUUGAAACUGUAUUGAAAUGGUUCUUUGACUGAAAAUGAAUGUUUAUAUGCUGUAUGGGUGUGUCACAUGUCUUUUUACAAACAGAAAUGUCCAUUCGGUGUUGUGAUAAGUCACAAACAAACCAGCCAAUGCAGUUUUCUGGACAAUAUUGCAAUGAUUGUAUUGUAGGUCUGAUGCUCAAAAGUAUUUUUUUUGCACUAACAAAAGUUAUUGUCAGACAUCAGCAGUUACUGAAUAAAGGUUCCUUGCCUGAUACACAAGAUGUUGUGAUGCC